CCUAGGGUACCUACACCUUACAAGGUACCUGCUCCAAAUGAGAAGUGGAAAUUUCCUAUUUGGCCAGAAUGGAAUGAUGCAGAUAUCAAUGCAGAAAAAUGGGAUCUUGGAAAAGCUGCAAAAGAAAAAGCUGUAAAAGGUCAAAUUUUACCUGGAUUUGACGAUCCUGAAGGGAAAAUAAAGUUGCCACCAUCCUUCAAAGUGCAUUCAUGGAAACGUCCACAAGAGUUUUUAGGAAAAGAGGUUCCUGUGGUAGUUCAAAAUGAAACCUCAUUUGACCUUAUUUCAGCGAAUGAGCACAUAUUUUGUAAUGAGCUCAUGAGAUGGAUUGUAAGUGAAAUUUAUGCUGUGUGGAGGAUAUAUAAUGAAAAUUCCUUAACUAAUGAAGCAUCCACACUUUUUUGGAAACCGUGGGAACACAUUUAUGCCUUGUGUAAAGCUACCAAGGAACAUGUGCCACUGUACAAUAAAUUUGGAAAAUAUGUAAUAAAACUUUAUUGGAUGGGGUGUUGGAGAAAGAUCAUUGUGGAUGACACUCUGCCUUUCAGCGAAGAGGAGAAUUUGUUAUUACCAGCUACAGCCUGCCGAAAUGAGCUUUGGCCAAUGUUGUUGUCCAAAGCUAUCAUUAAGUUAGCAAAUACUAGUAUACAUGAAACUGGAAGAAGAGAGAUGGAGGAAUUUACAGUUCUACAUACACUGACUGGAUGGAUACCAGAAGUUAUUCCUAUCCAGCAUGAAUACCUGGACAAAGUUUGGGCCUUUCUGAAAGGGAUUGUGCCAGAAUUCAAGCUGCCAGAGAAAAAGACUCCAGAACUGGAGACUGCUCAAUCUGUAACAAAAACGGAAGACACCAAAGACUCCGAGUUCAGAAGUGAAGUUUCAUCUAUGAAUAAGCUGCCAGAUAUCACUGAGACAGCCAGUAGUGUUAGCAAAGAAAAAGCAGAGCAGAAAAAAGUAGGAAAGAAAAAAAAAGAAGGAGCAAAAGAAAAAAGCAAGGGAGCGCAAAAGUCUGCAGGAAAGCUGGGAAAAGCCCAAGGCCUUCAGGACUUAACUGAAAAACCUCUCAUACCAACUGAGCCAGAAAUGGUCGUGUAUGCUGGCUGUAUACCGCUGCAUUUGGCUGAAGAGGAUAUUUUUUCAUUAACACAAAUGGCUGAUUCAUCAGAGAAGAUGAGGCAAUUUGGGCUUUCCCAUAUACACAGCCAUCCUGUCCUGAUCACUAGAACUAGGUCCUGUCCUCUGGUAGCACCACCAGAACCACCACCACUUCCUUCUUGGAAGCUUUUCCGUCAGAAAAAGAAGAUUGUUGUGACAUCUGAACCCCAAGAGCCUGUGGUAGAGGAACCUGAAGAAUACAUUGAAAUUGCUAGCCUGUUUUUCAAUUAUAAAUUGAAWGUUAUCAGAAUACCAACAGACACCCACUUUCCACAGUCUACCCUCAAAAAAGGAUUUCAUUCUCUACCCCGUCUCAUUUCUAUUACUGAAAUUGAUGAAAAUGAGAGUGACAAUCAUAUGGAUAUGAAUCAAAAUGGGAGACACUCAAAUGCAGAAGAUUAUUCUCAGGAGACCAUUUCCUUGUGCCAACAAAAUUCAGAGCAAUACAGUAGAGAUGAAUUACAUGAGAAUAUUACUUUAGAUGGAAAACAAAUGGCAGAAACAGCUGAUACUGAUGUGAAGAGCCAGACAGGGGCUAAAUCAAAGGAAGAAACAGAGUCAGAAAAGACUUCAGUUUCCAGGGAAACCUGGAUUAGCUUUGAAGACUUCUGUGUUUGUUUCCAGAAGCUGUAUGUUUUUCACAAGCCACAUACAUAUGCUUAUAAUUAUCAGAAGACUUACUUUACGUCUACUGAUGAUGAAGUCUUCUAUUAUUUACUUGUGGACAGUCUGAAGCCCAUUGAAAUCCUGGUUAGCUUUUCUACAAUAGUKCACUGGGACGUUAUUGAAGGUACUAAGCAAGAAUAUACAGAGGGUGUUCUGAGGAUUGAAUAUUUCUCUUGGAAAUCUGUGAUUCCUGGACAGCUUGUGUUAAAGAUGCAGACGUCUGCAACCAAAGCUACUGUGUUAAAUCUUCCUGUUGGGCGCCAUAUACUGCUCUUCACAGUAAGUUGUCCCAUAGGGCACAGCAUUCAUCUGUGUUCCAUGGUGGAAUGUGUCUUUGGAGAAGAGGAUGAAGUGAUACCAGCUCUUCAGCAGGAGAGCUGUCGAUUUAGAGAACAGGCUACAGUUAUCCUGAAAGCUGUUGGAAAUGUGAUAAAUAAUUAUAGCAGUAAGGAUGAGCUAUCUAAAGCCUUGAAGGAGUUGGAAGAAUCUCAUUGUCCUCCUGGCAUUCAGGGUACUAAAAUGGCUGAAGAAAACUUAAAGGUUUUCAAAAAUGCAUUUUGGUAUUUGAUCAGGUGUGCAUUAGACAAUAAGGAUCUUGACAGAUACAGAUUUGCCUUCAGGUCCUUCAAUUUGGAUUUUAAGGACACUGAUAUUUCUGGGGAUGACGCUGUGUUUUCAGAGAGCAGUGAGGGGAAAUCCCUUCGUAGUUGGGAGAACCRAACUCCCACAGCUGAAGAAGAAGCAGCAGCUCUCAAAAUUCAAGCCUUCUGGAGAGGGACCUAUGUUAGGAAAAUACUGAAGAGCAGAGAACCAGRUACUAAAGAAAACACUGAUGUCACAGAAACCUUGAAAGAAUUGUGGACUGUGAUUGAGUUAAAUUUUGAACAGUGUGCUCUAAUAUUGUUAAGAGAAAUGUUUAGAAGAAACCCUAAGUCAGUACAAAAGUUUCCUUGUUAUGAAGAUGAGUGGUGUAAGAUGUUUUUCAGUGACUAUGCAGUAACAUAUGGUGAUCAACCACCCAAUGCAUGGUUUCUGAUUUUCAGAGAAAUAUUUAUUGUCCCAGAAGAUAUGCUUAUAUUGACAAAGGUGUAUACCACUAUCCCUUCCUGUAGACUUCAUGUUCUUGAUAAUGACACACUGGAGAAAAUGCCACAUGCCUUUUUCAAAGUGGCACCUCAUGUUUAUUCCAAAAAUCAGAAAGGAUACACAUUUGUGGCUGAAGCACACGCUGGUGACCAACAUGUGGCAGCUGGAAAAUGGAAACUCCGUUUCAUCAGUUCCCGUAGUCCACUUCCAUUUCUCUCUCGUGGUGCUGUGAAUAGUGCCUAUUCUACUAAAGUAUUUAAGGAGAAUUACAUACCAAAUGAUGAGUUUUUACUGUUUAGGUAUUUUGUAAAAGCCACAGCACCACAUACUGCUACACUGCAGGUACAAGCUUCUAAUUCAGAUGUGUUCAUUAAACUACAAGUCAUGGAUAAUGAGAAAGAAGUUGCUAGUGUCAUUGGAAAGGGCUAUGCAUUCAUCCCAGUUUUUAAUUUCUUGAGCAAUGCAUCACUUCUGAACUCCCACUCAAAAUCCCCACAGAUUAUUCAUAGUACAAAGAAGAAAGCAAAAAAGGGAAAUCAUAAUUCACCAAAAGACAACAAAACUUCUUCCAAGUCAGAACUUGUACAGGAACCUCCAGCAAUAUUAAUAGAUGAAUCUUGCCUCUCAGAAAACUUGCAAAAUAAUGUUGGAAGUCCACAACAAUCUCACCAGUACAUGAUACAGGCAUUGGUGUUGCAUGAUAGUUGGCCUCUUACUGAGAGUGAGUCUGUGUUUGUUCAGGAACUGAGAGAAUUGAAGAAAGAUGAAAUCAGAGUAAAAAAGAUUACACAAAAUCCUAAACCAAACAGAAGAUCAAAAGAGAAAUUAUUGGAGAAGACAGAAAAAGAUCGUUUCCACAAAGGAGGAUCAYAUGAAUCUCAGCCAGCAUUUCCAAACACRCCCUACUGGAUUUUACACAUAGUUAGUGAACAGCACGAGGCAGAUGUUCUGGAGGUGAAGAAAGACACCCGGCGAGCAGAUGAGAUCAUAGCCAUGAAACAAGCAUGGGAGUCUACAGAGCCAGGGAGAGCUGUCAAGGCUUUUCAGGAACGUGUGCGUUUUAUUAACAAAURUACUAGGAGAGAUUCAGAGGAGCCCAUAGCUGGGGCUGAGACUGCUGACUCAACACAUGGUUCAGAAGAAAUGGGAAUGGAAACACCACAAACGGCCAUUGAUUCAAGAUUAAAAUCAAAAAAAUGGGAGCUUAUAGACCUUAGUCCUUACAUGAGAAAAACAAUGUCUGAACCUGUGGUGAAAAAUGAGUCUAUCAUUCAACAGCAACAGAUACAUAAAGAGGAAAAAAUCAACCAUUUUAGGCAACUUCGCGAGCUGGCUUUGGAACAAAGACAAAAAGAAGAAAACGACAGAGUUUUAUGGAAGCAAAAUACACUUGAAAUGUAUGAGAACCUGCAGGCAUCCUUAGAUGAAACACGAGACAGAGUUUACAGCAUUCGGGAAGCAUACAGAAAUCAGCUGCUGGAAGAAGAGCGCAGAAAACAAGAAGAACUGGCAGCUCAGGAAGCAGCACUGCUAGCAGAGCGAAAGAAGAGAAAUGCAGAGAAAAGGAGAAAGCGGUAAAGGUUUAGAGAAAAAAGUGUGGUUGCUAUCACUGUUGAAUUGUAUUUAACAGUUUGGGAAAGAAAGUUCACAUGCAAAGAUGAGAAAAAAUGUUUGUUCUUUUCAAGUAUUUUUGGCAACUUUAUCAUAUCACAUUUUCUCUUUGCCUGUUGCUGGUGAAAAAAUUGAUUUAGUAUUCUUUUUAACAAAGUGUUUGGUAUUUUGCUUCUUACAAAGCUACUUGCUACUAAUGUAGUUUUUAUGUUUUACUGGAAUAACU